CACAAGUACCCGCCUCUCACAUAAAUACUCAACACAAACUGCGGUUCUGAUCAGAGACACCAAUUUGAGCAGCUGUGUUCGGUUCUCCAGCUGCUACACUUGUGACACGGGUGCUCUCGGUUUGCAGUCAACGCUGUGUGUUCCCUUGGAGGCAAAAAGAAAAACCUAAUAAAAAGUAGAGACAGGUCGGUGGCUGUAGUUUAAUUCCCUAAUCAGCAGAAUUGACAGCAGGUGUGAAUUCAUGUCUGUAUUUUCCCCGCAGAUUUACUGCCCAGUGUUUGUGCCCAGCCGAGACAUGACUGAGGUGAUGAUCAGCAGCACCCCCAUGGAGGAUAUGAGGCUCAGUCCCAGCAAGGACAGGCUCUCCUUCCAGAUAUUUCCUGACCCCUCAGACUUCGACCGUUGCUGUAAACUGAAAGAUCGUCUGCCAUCCAUCGUGGUUGAGCCAACAGAGGGAGAAGUUGAGAGCGGAGAGCUUCGCUGGCCUCCAGAGGAGUUCCUGGUCAGUGAAGAGGAGGAGGAGGAGGAGGAGGAGGAAGAGGAUGAAGAGCAAAGUAAUGGCAGCACCCAAAACGGACAGCCGACACAGAAUUCUCAGCACUAGAAGCUGUGUUGCAGAACCCAUGCUCAUUUCUUUCUCAUUGACUCCGUUUCACACACUGGUUUCACACUCUGGUUCCACCUCACCUCAGUGUUCAGAAGACUUAACUGGCAAACAUAUACUCAAACAUACAAUCCCAUGAUGUCAUCUUGUUGCCCUCAACACCAAAGCACCACUCCCACAAGAGUAGCAAUGCACGGAUACACACUCUCACAAUAAUGUCUCGUCUUGGACUGGAAACCACCCAGACAGACUCUUAAGAAUUGAUGGGCACACCUCUACACUGCACCUGUUUCCUACCAUGCUUACCACCAUGCGUGUCCUGGUCCAGAAGAGAUGUCCCAGUGGAUACCGGUAGCUCGGUGCUCUAUGGAGCUACAACUGCUCUGUAAUUUCCUCCAUGAUGGCUGGCUUCAUGACCCCAGAGACUUCAUACACUCGGACAGAACUACUGUGGGGAUUAUUUAUCUACAGUACACUGUCCAAUAGUCGUGCAAGUUUCUGGACUGAUGUGUUAAUUAUUGUGAUUUCCACUGCUGUCCAUAACUGUCUGGUUUUGAGAAGUGAAUGUUUUGUGACGUCUGUUUUUGAGAAGUGGGUAUUUUGUGUAAAAUGUUUCCUUGACAAGAUUUGUCUAAAUGAUAUUUUUGUGAGUAUAAGUCAGACAUUUACAGUAGAAAGGCAAUAUGGAAUCAUUUUAGGGAAAUGAAAGGAAAGAGCCAGCAUGCCCUGCUAGACUAAGUACUUGAUGAAUUCGUUGUACCAAAGCUUGUUAGGCAGUGGGGUCAGUUGUGCUAUGAUGCUCUCAUCAUGUUGGUCUUGUAUAGGGCUUGUGAUGAACAGUACUCGGAUGAGAAAGAAAAGAUCAUAACAUUAUACAAUGUGACAAAGCAAGUUAUUGUUAAACAAAGGAGAGCUGAGUAAGGAUGGAAAAUUGUAAGUUUUGUUAAAACUGUGUACAGACUCAAUGAAGGAUAUGUAAAUACUUGUUCCCUGUGAGGCCUUGUGAUGCUCUGAUCAUGUUUGUACAAUGGAUUUGGUUAUUUGAAAGGCAGAGAUUUGCUAUGAGCUGUAAACACCUGAACUGAAAGUUGACUUCUUUCCUAGUCUUCCCUUUUCUUUUGAAAACAGCCAUACAUUUGACACCAGGAAGUUCAGGUCAUGUGAGAAUUCGCACUGUAGGACAAAGAUGAGAUUAGUAUUAAAUGCUGUUCAUAAUAAAAUUUGUCCUGAUGUUUGCCAAAAGCAGUUUUUCUACUGGUAGGGACAUCUAGCAUUUCAUCUGCCUAUAUUGCAGUUUCAGUUUGGUGUUUUGUUUUGUUUUCCCUCCACUAUUUAAAUUGCCUCAUUGUUUGUGGAACAAGUCUUGUCAAUUUGUGGAAAAUAAUUCUUGUGUACCCAAUCUGAAAUACUGUUGUACAAGCAUGACCGAUCUGUACAUCUGUGUGUAACUUCUUGUUUGAGUGGCGUUAGGGCUGUGUACAGAAUAUCUUUCUCCUGUCACCUAUAGGUCCCACGUUGUUUUUGUAAAGCUCAGGGAGAUUAGCCGCCAUCUUUCUCUUUUUGUAUUUAGAUCACUUUUCUCUGAAAAUUACAGAGGCUGUAAAUAAACAUUUGAAUUUGCUAUCCAACUGUG